CCAAAACCAUGACCACCCUCUCUCCUCCUCCUCCGAGUUUCAAUCCUCUAAAACUCGCUCCCAAAUCCCUCAUUCCACCCAAACCGGCCUCCGCCUCCGAACCCGACCCGUCCGUUACAGAAACCCCAACCCCAGGUCCAAACCCGACCCAAUCCCCCACCACCCUCCUCCACCUCGCUUUCAACCAAGACCACACCUGCUUCUCCGCCGCCACCGACUCCGGCUUCCGCGUCUACACCUGCGACCGAUGCCUCCUCGUUGGAUCCAACGGCGCUGGCAAAACCAUGAUCCUCAGGAUUCUCGGAGGCAAGCACAUGGUCGACCCCAGCAUGGUCCGGGUUCUGGGUCGCUCGGCUUUCCACGACACCGCUCUCACUGGCUUCGGCGACCUGUCGUACCUAGGCGGAGAGCGGCGGCGUGACGUGGCGUUUGCUGGUUUCGACAUUCCGAUACAGAUGGAUGUUUCGGCUGAUAAAUUGAUCAACGGGGUAGCUGGGAUUGACCCACAAAGGAGAGCUGAGCUGAUCAAGGUGCUUCUGCUUGAUGAGAUCACGGUGGACCUUGAUGUGCUAGCGAGGGCGGACCUGCUCCAGUUCUUGAGGAAGGAAUGUGAGGAGCGAGGUGCUAUGAUCGUUUCUCAAGCCCCAAAUUGGAGAGAGAGAGUCUGAGACUCGGAUCGGAGGGGGAGAGAGAGAGAGAGAGAAGGGUAGUUUUGGAAGAUAAAUAUAGUGAAUGAUAAGAAAUAUUAAAAAAAGGUGAAGGGUGUGUAGAAUGUAAAA